AACAAAUUAUGCAGUAGUAUGUCUCUGUUCAACUCAUUACUCAAAACAAAUCAUGCAGUAGUAUGUCUCUGUUCAAGUCACGGGAAUGGUGGUACGUGCACGCGGGAGCUGGAGAGGAUUAUGAUGCGUGCAAUAUCUGCAUCGGAAAUGUGGAUAACAGUCCUGAUGGAUUAGAAAAGAUAAUAGUUGGCUCGCUUCAAGGAAUUCUAAGAAUCUACUGUCCACAAACCAAAGGAGGGAAUCACGAGGACAUGAUGUUAGAAUACCAGACAGAUAGCCCUAUUUUAGGGGUAGACAUUGGGCGACUAGUUGGGGACAGUGGAGUGUACCUAGCUAUACUGCAUCCUCGUAAGGUAGUGGUGUGUAGUGUGAGUGUGGAUACUACCACUAAAGAUACCGGCACCUUUUACAACGUUAGUCAGGUUUACUCCCAUAAGUUGGAGAGGACUGCGUGUAAUAUGUGCCUUGGUAGUUUUGGCAGUGUUAAAAAUAAAGAUUUCAUAUGUGUCCAAUCAAUGGACGGCAUGCUAUCAUUUUACGAGCAAGACAGUUUCGCGUUUGCCAGGUUCCUCCCCCAGUUUCUGAUCCCGGGUCCGCUCUGUUAUGUUCCCUCAACAGACACCUUCAUAACCUCCUCUUCCUCCAACUUUGUAGAGGCGUAUAGGUACCAGACAUUAGCCGUCAGCACUGAGUCUGAGAGCAAGGACCAGAUAAAAACAGGGGCCGGUAAACGGCUCAGAGUUGACUGGAAAACUAACAUAGGGGACAACGUGGUGGACGUUAAGAUAUUUAACUGUGCUGACGACAAUGCUACAACUAUAUUCGUGCUGGGGGAGCACAACUUGUUCGCUCUGCGCGAGAAUGGUGUAAUCAGAUACAUGAAGAAGUUUGAUUUUAACCCCAGUUGUUUCGCGCCGUACGCUAGUCUGAGCGAGGGUACGGUGAAUAUGUUGGUCGCUAACUACUGUCGUACUUGUUACGUUUGGCAGGAUACAACUCUCGCUUGGAGCUCUUCUUUUCAACAUGUCCCCGUUUUUAUUGGGGUUCUUAGUGUCGGACAACUGAGAGGACACAUAGUAACGUUAGAUGAGACGGGUAAAAUAUACGUGUCUUAUCUUGGAACGGACCCGUCCUUACAAACAGCUACUCCUGCUGAAAAUAGAGAAAUUAAUUACGAUGAGAAAGAUCAAGAAAUGGCCAAAUUACAGCAAGUAAUUAGAGAUUGCACGAAACCUAUUGAGCACGCUCCCAAGGUUACAGAUCAGCCUGACUUCUCCAUAUUUGUAGACCCCGUCAAUGGGUUGGAUAUAGUGGGUGUAAAACACGAGGAGUCAGACACAGAAUACCCUACUGUAACCGUAAAGAUAAAUCUGCGAUGCUCUUCUAAAAUAAGUCUGGAUAAGGUGACGUUGACAGUGGCUCCAGAGGUUCCCUUCUACGCUACUCAGAGAUCUGUUGUUUUGACUAAUGUUGGGGGAAAUUCCAUGGAUUCGAUGAGCGGGUCCCUUAGUUACCGUACCUACAAUUUCGGUCCGACGUCGCUGGCAACAUUCUCAAUCUACAACACGGGUCAGAGAGUAGCGAGCGACCUGGUGGUGCCGCUAGUGGCUCACUACACCAACAACCACAACUCUCCCCGCUCUGUUCACAACUCUGUUCAGCUUCCUCUGCAGCUCGUCGUUACUGCUACUUGUCCUGAGAAGACUGCUGCUCAUAAGAUAACGAUAGAGACGAACAAGCCAGCAGUUAACCUACUGGAACUGUUCUCUGAAAUGAACUGCGAGGCGGAGGGAGGCCAGAACGGGUGUGUUGCUUUCAAGUGUGCCUCAGGGGAGAUAGUUACCCUUCUCGCUGCUAAAAACUCUCAGAAGUACAGGAUCCAGUCUAACAGUUUCUUAGCUCUCUACAUUGUUAUAAAACAGUUCCUGACCAAACUUCGGCGUCACUUUGAAAAGAUCGGGGGUCCACAACCACUCUCCAUUACCUUCCCGGGUCCCGUCCCGCUACAAGAGUAUUUCGACAUCAUAGACUCGCGGUUCGAGCUGCGUGUCAGACAGCGCAGUUACCGGGAGAUGUUGUCGCAGCGCGCGCAACAGUUCCGCGCCAUACAGCGCAGACUGCUCACUCGCUUCAAGGACAAGACUCCCUCUCCCCUGCAAAACAUGGACACUUUGCUGGAGGGCACCUAUCAGCAGAUAUUAGCGCUAGCAGAUGUGGAUCUACAGACCACGAAAGCACUAGAAGAAGCGGACCACGCUCUGAGCACAGCCACCAAACUGCUGCUGCUGCUGGUGAAGCUGUGGUGUCCUGCGCUGGAUGAUAAGCAGUCUGCUGUGCUGCAGUCCUGUCUCACUCCAGAUGUGAAUAGUGCGGAUGAUGUGGGAUGGGAGGAAAUGGUUGAUGCGAGUAUCACGAUGUUGCUGAGAACGUGCCUUGCUAAAACAACCAAGGAACAGUCAGUUGUGGCAGCGUCAUUGAAGCUACCCUCGGACACGACUAAGUUAAAGAAGCACAUUGCACUGUUACUGGAGCGGCUGAACAAGGGCGGAACUCUGUCUCUCAAUACUUUCUCUGAGAAACAAUCUCAAAGGAACAAGGAGCAGGUAGACAGUGGAAGUUGAGGUGAAACAGAAAACCACCCUUCAUGGGGAGUAGUGGAAAAUGAGGUCCAGGAUUGCUUGCGGAGAAGCUCUGACUUUUCUGCAGAUGAUUAAUUUAUCAGAAAAAAUGAUUUUAUUUAAACCGGGAACAAUACUGUUACAUUGAAACCCAGCAGUUUAGUGGUUAGAUUAGUUGAUGGUUUGUCUACUGGUGUUUGUUUCUCGUUUCAAAAUUCAUCACCACGGUUGGAAAAUUAAUGUUGAAUUUUUGAAAGUAGCACAAAAUUCUCUAAUUUUAAAUGUAAUAAGGAGUAGCUGUAUAUUUGUUGUUGUAUAAUGUAAAAUUAUGUACAGUGUAUAUCUAAGCUUGAUUUUGGUUUUUGCGUUUCAAGGAAAACGAUGAUUUUUGAAUAUUGAUUCCCUCAUUUUAUAGUUUAACUUUAUAAUUAUAUGUAUCUGGAUUCUGGAAUACUUAACUGAUUUUCUUUUCCCCGUUGAGUGACUACAGUCAUCUGCAUAAACCGUUUAUGAAACUAUUACUGUAUUAAUAAAAUGUUCGCAAUGGGAAGUGGAUUAGAUUUUUCACUUUAAUGACAGGGAAUGAAAUUGAAAGGUUUUCCAUGUCUUCCAAAAAUGAGUCCUUUUUUGUGAAAUCUGAUAUGUACAUAAUGUAGAAAUUAUAAUAGUCAAUAUGCAAUAGCGAUCAGAACAUUUAAACUUACAGCUUCAGUAUUAGUGUUU